UUCGGAAAUUUUGACAGAUAAAUAAAAACAACUGAUUGAACUGAUUCUGAAUUUUCUGAAUUAUAAUAUUAACAAUACUAUUGAAACUAGUAAAAUGCCUCUGAAUUUACAAGCCGUGCGCCAAUAUUUAACAGAACUCCGAAAUUCGGGUGGCCUCCACAAGGAUCAAGCUGAAAAAUACCGCAAUGUUCUUAUGGAAAUAUUGAAAAACCCAGAAGAAGAGCUAGCAGAAUGUUUAAAAGCUUUUAUAGAAGCCAUUGUGAAUGAAAAUGUAAGCCUGGUGAUAUCCCGUCAGCUGCUGACGGAUGUGUCCACACACCUCGGUCUCCUGGCAGACAGUGUGUCACAGGAUGUGUCACACUUUGCUCUUGAUGUCAUCCAGCCCAGAGUUAUCUCAUUUGAAGAGCAGGUGGCCAGUAUCAGACAACACCUGGCAGAUAUCUACGAGCGCAACCAGAACUGGAAGGAAGCCGCUAAUGUCCUCGUCGGAAUUCCACUUGAAACUGGACAGAAACAAUACUCAGUAGACUACAAGCUCGAGACCUACCUCAAGAUCGCCCGCUUGUACCUAGAAGUGGACGAGCCGGUGCAGGCGGAGGCGUUCGUGAACCGCGCGUCGCUGCUGCAGGCCGAGACCGCCAGCGAGCAGCUGCAGAUCUACUACAAGGUGUGCUACGCGAGGGUGCUGGAUUACCGGCGGAAGUUCAUCGAGGCGGCGCAGCGCUACAACGAGCUGUCGUACCGCAACAUCAUCCACGAGGACGAGCGCAUGACGUGCCUGCGCAACGCGCUCAUCUGCACCGUGCUCGCCUCCGCCGGUCAGCAGCGCUCGCGCAUGCUAGCCACGCUGUUCAAGGACGAGCGCUGCCAGCAGCUGCCGGCGUACUCCAUCCUCGAGAAGAUGUACCUCGACCGCAUCAUCCGCCGCUCCGAGCUGCACGAGUUCGAGGCGCUCAUGCAGACGCAUCAGAAGGCUUGCACAACAGACGGCACCACGAUCCUCGACCGAGCGGUAUUCGAACACAACCUGCUCUCAGCCAGCAAGUUGUACAACAACAUCACGUUCGACGAGCUCGGCGCGCUGCUCGAGACGCCGCCCAACAAGGCCGAGCGCAUCGCCAGCCAGAUGAUCAGCGAGGCGCGGAUGAACGGAUAUAUUGAUCAGAUCAACUCCAUUGUUCAUUUUGAAACCCGCGAGAUCCUGCCGCAGUGGGACAAGCAGAUCCAGAGCCUGUGCUACCAGGUCAACAGCCUCAUAGAGAAGAUCGCCGCCGCCGAGCCCGACUGGAUGGCCAAGCUCAUGGAGGAAGAAAUGAUUCAGUAACCUAAAAACUAUAUAAUAAGACUUCUUUUUAAAAUAAAAAAAUAUGUGUAUCGAAA